GGAGAAAUGUCAGUUGAUAGAACAAAACAUUUUUCAUUUUACCCAAACCCCUAUAAUAAAAUCAGAGAAACUGAUAAUUUUGAGGUGGGCUCUAGAUUUUUCCCAGAGCUGUAGAUGUUCAGUAAGUCCAGUAGACAUGAGGGCUUUAACCCCAGAAAUGCUCACCUCGAAAGCCCCUUGCAUUAUGAAGAGCAGGAUGCAACUGGACUGAGGGGAGAUGCAUGUAGACCAUGUCAACUUCCUCCAGCCAUAGAGACAAUGCAUUAGUUAUAUAUACAUCACUUUCACUACCAUUGUUUUGUACCCUAUUCCAUGUAAAAUGGUCAUUGUGGUAUAGGUAAACACCCAUCCAUUAUGGAGAUCUGUAAUCCCUGGCAGUGAACCUGAAGUAGUAGACUUACUCGUGCUGUGUAGAUACCUGCAUCUGAAGAGAAGCAAGGAGAAGUGAGCACAGUCCAUCUCAUAGACACUGACUAAUGUUAACUGUAGCUAGAUUCAGUGUGUAGAUUAAUUUGGUCACUGGUCAGCUUAUUCAUUACCUGUGUUUGGUAUGUAGGCUGUGCAAAUGUUGGUGGUGACUUUUGUUGUAGACCAGGGAGGUUUUGGUAUUGAGGGGUCCUACGACUCCAUCAGUCAAAACAGCGGAGAAGGACGCAUUUGGUCUGUUAGUGAAUUCAAAGAUUAAUUUAAAAUUCCUUAUAUGAAGCAAACCAGACUGCACCAUACAUUUUUUGUAAUUUUUUUAUGGAUAGCCAGGGGCACACAUUAUUUACAAAUUAAGCAAGUGUGUUUAGUCCUCCAGAUCAGAGGCAGUAGUGAUUACUGCGUGAAUUGCACCAUUUCCCCGUCCUGCUAACGAGUACUUUUGGGUGUAUGGAGUAAAAAGUACAUUAUUUUCUUUAGGAAUGUAGUAAAGUAAAUAUAAAUAGUAAAGUACAGAUACCCAAAAAAACAACUGACGUAAUACUUUAAGUAUUUUUACUUAAUUAUUUUGCUAGUUUAUGGCUUUAAUGAUGUCCCAUGUUUGACUGCUUUUAGUGUCUUAAAACUAUUUAAUUUGAGUGGUCUUUGUAUCUGUAUUUUAUAUUGUCAACUAUUGUAUCAUUUGUGGAGUGAAACUUUGUUUAUCUAACUCUUUUUCAAAUGUUUUUUAAUAGAAUACCUGUUCUACAAACCAGAUUGAACCCUAUUGAAUGAUGAGUAGAAGAACAUGGACAAGAACAACACACACAUCCGAAAGAUGAUUUCAUUUGAGCACUUUGUCCAGCAUCAUUAUUGGUAACCCUGGACAAGUGCUAUAGAGCAGUUUCCUUUGGGCUAGAAGCGUGAGUGCAUCUCUAUCCACGUUGGUCAGGCCGGUGUUCAGAUCGGGAAUGCCUGCUGGGAACUGUACUGCUUGGAACAUGGGAUCCAGCCCGAUGGGCAGAUGCCUAGUGACAAAACCAUCGGCGGGGGGGAUGACUCCUUCAACACUUUCUUCAGCGAGACCGGAGCGGGAAAACAUGUCCCCCGUGCUGUGUUUGUGGACCUCGAACCAACUGUUGUUGAUGAGGUUCGCACCGGGACAUACCGUCAGUUGUUCCACCCGGAGCAGCUCAUCACCGGUAAAGAGGAUGCCGCCAACAACUAUGCUCGUGGCCAUUACACCAUUGGCAAGGAGAUCGUCGACCUGGUGCUGGACCGAGUUCGCAAGCUGUCGGACCAGUGCACUGGGCUUCAGGGCUUCCUGAUCUUCCACAGCUUUGGUGGUGGAACCGGCUCCGGCUUUGCCUCUCUGCUCAUGGAGAGACUGUCUGUGGACUAUGGCAAGAAGUCCAAACUGGAGUUUGCCAUAUACCCCGCCCCUCAGGUGUCCACAGCAGUGGUGGAGCCCUACAACUCUAUCCUGACCACCCACACCACCCUGGAACACUCAGACUGUGCCUUCAUGGUCGACAACGAGGCCAUCUACGACAUCUGCCGUCGUAACCUGGAUAUCGAGCGCCCCACUUAUACUAACCUCAACAGGCUCAUAGGCCAGAUCGUCUCCUCCAUCACAGCUUCUCUGCGUUUCGAUGGAGCCCUCAAUGUGGACCUGACUGAGUUCCAGACCAACCUGGUGCCAUACCCCCGUAUCCACUUCCCCCUGGUCACCUACGCACCUGUCAUCUCUGCUGAGAAGGCCUACCACGAGAUGCUUUCUGUGGCAGAGAUCACCAAUGCUUGCUUCGAGCCAGCCAACCAGAUGGUGAAGUGUGACCCUCGCCAUGGCAAGUACAUGGCCUGCUGCAUGCUGUAUCGUGGAGAUGUGGUGCCCAAGGAUGUGAAUGCUGCCAUCGCCACCAUCAAGACCAAACGCACUAUCCAGUUUGUUGACUGGUGCCCCACCGGCUUCAAGGUAGGCAUCAACUACCAGCCACCCACGGUGGUGCCAGGUGGAGAUCUUGCCAAGGUCCAGAGAGCCGUUUGCAUGUUGAGCAACACCACAGCCAUCGCUGAGGCCUGGGCUCGGCUCGACCACAAGUUUGAUCUGAUGUACGCCAAGCGUGCCUUUGUGCACUGGUAUGUGGGAGAGGGUAUGGAGGAGGGGGAGUUCUCUGAGGCCAGAGAAGAUCUGGCUGCCCUGGAGAAGGACUACGAGGAAGUGGGAGUGGAUUCGGUGGAGGGAGAGGCUGAGGAAGGAGAGGAGUACUGAAUCCUGACCUGAUUGAAAAAUGUUUUACUGUUGAUUGGUAAUUUUAAUAAAAGUUCUGUUUUCA